AUGUCUGCAGCUGAAGCCACCGUUGAAUCAGUUAUUGCUCAAGCUGAAUCGAACUUGGCCGAGUUGAACAAUUUCGCGAAAGAGAACCCCGACUGCGUGGAACUUGUCAAGGACGAAAUUGAGUCACUGAACGAGGCAUUCUCCAGCGCCACAAGCAAAUUGGCGACUGUUUCUGAGACGAUGGCUAACUUCCGUAAAGUGGAGGAUGAAAUCCAAGAGUCUGUUAAUGAAAGAAGAGAGAAAUUCAAGGAGCUUUUUGGCCAAGAACUCAACAACGACGAAAGCGUGGAUAAUCUGUGCAGUACAUUCAACGACAACGAUCUCAAGGGCCUUAUUUUCAUCGCUCAGAAACGCCUUGAAUCCGUCGCUCGAGAACUCAAAGAGUUAAAGGAAGUCCAAAAAGAAGAAAUAGAGAAAGCGCUGGAAAUGCAGCGAGAUGAGCUCAGAUCCCAAGCCGAAAUCGAACUCCAAAGAACCAUUGAGCUGCAGGAGCAAAUGCUUAAAGACAAACGGGUUGAAAUUGCAGAAGAAUUGAGAGAAGAGUUCGAAAACGACCUACGAAAGCAGCUUGCUCGCCAAACCGCUGCUCAUUCCACACACAUCAAAGAAGAACUCGAUUCGCAGGCCGAAAAACUCAGAGUUGAAGCGAACGAAACAAUCCAAAAACAACUCGAAGAAAGUGAAGUUCGCUUUUUGGAAGAACUUCUUACAGAGAGAAACGCGAGCAUCGAAUCUUUGGAGAAAAAGCAGCAAGAAUACGCGGCGACUUUAGGCCAGCUUUUAGGAUAUGCGAAUGGCGUAGAAAGCGCCUUGAAUGAUCGACAAAAAAUUGAAUUAACUGUAUCAAAUCUUCAAUAUCUCGUCCUCUCUGUGGAAGAAAUGCAAUCAGCUGUAAUGGAACUACCUCUCAAACCGCUUUCCUGUGUCAGAAAACUUGUACAAGGCAUCGAAGAUCAAAGUGUCCACGCAAUCAUCGACUCAAUUCCAUCAGAAGCGCUCGAUUCCGGCGUUCUAUCUCCCAAAGCUCUUGAAAGCACCCUACCUAGAUUACUCGAGGCCGCUAAAUGCCAGCACAUGAUCGGAAAAGAUGCUCAUGGACUAUUUGCGCGACUGAGAAGCUCUGUAACGAAUAAAUUCACAAACUGGUCGAAGCCAGCUGCGAUUUCUGAGAGUGACUCGGACUUGACACUUGAUAAGCUCUUAUCCGCUGCGAGCCACUACAAUCGCGAGGGCGACAUCGAAUCCGUCACACGAGUCCUGAACCAGCUGACUGGCGAGCCGCGAAGAAUCGUGGCCGACUGGCUCAAAGAAGCCCGUCUCUCCCUAGAAGUCAUGCAAGCCCUAGAAGCACUUUCAGCAGUCGCCCAAAGUCAAAUUAUCUCUGCCCGUUCAUUCUCCUGA